CUUUUUCCACCCCUUAACAAAAUUUUCUAUUUGAAAUCAUAUUCCAUCAAUUGCAAUAUAUAUAUUUUUUUACUAAACACUUUUUUAACUAAUAAUUUUAUUAAAAAUGCUGUUGAACAAAGAAUAUUGGAAGGCAGUGAUACAUGAAAUUGAGGAUGCAGCACACCAAAAAACAGCCAAAGAUCUAAUCAAGAACUAUGACCUCUCCGUGACGCUACCAGAUGAUUUGCGAGAGCGCAUCAAGAAAAUUAUGCCCUACGAGUUCGACGAAUACGACCGCCUGGUGUAUAUUGACGAAUCUGCGGUGGAAACACCAAAAUCAUUUGGCACAGAUGAAGAGGCUGAGCGGAGAGAAGAGAACAAAAAGGCGGUUUUCAAUGAAAGCACCUGCUCUGAAAUCGAACGCCUCGAAAAUGAGUUUGUCAAGUUCGAAGUGAAACUCGACACAGAAGUGCAACGUAAAGCAAAAGCGAAGAAACCAGUCAACUGGACGUCGGGCUACAUUUGUAAACCACGCAGGGAACGCGUUAAAUGGGAGUCGAAAAUUUACCAUCUAGAACGCAGUUUAGCAGAAAAAACACUCGAUGAACAGGCGGAGUAUUUAAUGGACGCGUCAGCGGAGCGUUUCACUGAAUGGCUGAAUUCGCUGGGUAGCAAUCGUGAGGCGGAUAUAACAAAUGCCCAAUUGAAAUCUCUCUUCUCCAUUGAGGGUGACCGUCGGCUUUUAGCCUCCAUACAAAUCGAGCCAAAGGAAGUAAAAGCCAUCGCCAAAGCUGUAGCGGACAAGUGGAACUUGCCAGAGAUGGCUAUCGAGUUGAAGUAUGAGGAUUACAUUCAGGAAUUGUUGUGGGAUGUGCCAAAGAAGGUGAUAACUGUCGCUUUUGGGCGUACAGUUCCCUACGAAGAGCGGCCUUGGGUACCAAUGGAUCGUGAUCAACCUAUAACCACCGUUUUCCCCGAUGAUAUACUCUCCUGCUCCAAGUUAUUUAAGGGUAUUGGCCAUUUGCGUUCGGUGAAGAAGCUCAUAGAAUUCUAUCGUAACCGGCCACAUUUGAGGAGGCCGAAAUAUUUGGAGAAAAGUGGACUUUUCAACUGGAGGGAAAAGGCGACAACUAAACAGGAAAUUCCUUUGUACGAAUUACUGAAAUUGGAGUACUGAAGGGUAGCAGUUAUAUCAAGAAAGAGCAGCGGCGAAGAAUGCAAUGUAUUUGAAUUUUCCUGUACAGGGUGAUUCAUUAGCACCGCAGAUUUUAUUUUAUCAAUAAAUGAACAAAAUUUCUUUUCAA